AUGAAUCUGACCUGGCUAAUUACUGGUUGCUCAAGCGGCUUCGGCGAGAUUCUUGUCCGGCAGCUCCGAGCCGCUGGUGAUAAUGUCAUCGCAACCGGUCGCAAUGCGGAUAUUAAACUUGCCCAUCUGAAAGAUACCGGAGCUACCAUCCUUGAUCUGGAUGUUGCAGAGUCCCCCACGGUCAUCCAGGCCAAGAUCAAUGAAGUAUGGGGUGUUUACGAUGGUGGCAUCGAUGUCGUUGUCAACAACGCGGGCUACAUCCUGAGCGGUGCUGUUGAAGAGUUGACACAAGAAGAUAUGGAAAAGUCCUUCCAGGUCAACUUCCACGGCCCGCUCAAUAUCACUCGUGCCGUUCUCCCACGCCUGCGAGCAAAGGGCAAAGGUACACUUCUGUACGUGAGCUCACAAGCGGCGUGGCACGCCGACCCCAGUGCUUCCGGGUACUGUUCGAGCAAGUUCGCAUUGGAAGGUGCUGUCGAAUGCCUCGCCAAGGAACUUGCAAUGUUCGCCCCAGGCAUCAAGGUCCUGAUCGUCGAGCCAGGCUACUGCCGAACCCCGGUGUUCAACAAAUUGCAGCAUGUAGAGGCUCGGAUUCCAGAGUAUGCCCCAUUCAACGAAGCUGUGCGGCAGGUUGAGGCAACUUUGACUGCGUCCUCACCCGGAGACCCAGAUAAGGCUGUGGCUCGAAUGAUCGAAUUGGUGAGAGUUACUGGCAUGGCUUCUGGGAAGAAGGUGCCCCUAAGAGUCCCUUUGGGGUCUGAUAGUUGGUUAAAGAUCAAGACAAAGUGCGAAGAGACGCUGGAGAUAUGCAGAGAGUGGGAGGAGGUGGCUAAGAGCACGGACUCUCCUGUUGGGGAAUGA